CCAACGAGAUGCUCACCCACCUUGGAACUGCUGCAAUAAGGAAAUUAAAACCUAGAAAGUCGCCAGGACCAGAUGGUAUUUCCAACGAGAUGCUCACCCACCUUGGAACUGCUGCAAUAAGGAAAUUAAAACCUAGAAAGUCGCCAGGACCAGAUGGUAUUUCCAACGAGAUGCUCACCCACCUUGGAACUGCUGCAAUAAGGAAAUUAAAACCUAGAAAGUCGCCAGGACCAGAUGGUAUUUCCAACGAGAUGCUCACCCACCUUGGAACUGCUGCAAUAAGGAAAUUAAAACCUAGAAAGUCGCCAGGACCAGAUGGUAUUUCCAACGAGAUGCUCACCCACCUUGGAACUGCUGCAAUAAGGAAAUUAAAACCUAGAAAGUCGCCAGGACCAGAUGGUAUUUCCAACGAGAUGCUCACCCACCUUGGAACUGCUGCAAUAAGGAAAUUAAAACCUAGAAAGUCGCCAGGACCAGAUGGUAUUUCCAACGAGAUGCUCACCCACCUUGGAACUGCUGCAAUAAGGAAAUUAAAACCUAGAAAGUCGCCAGGACCAGAUGGUAUUUCCAACGAGAUGCUCACCCACCUUGGAACUGCUGCAAUAAGGAAAUUAAAACCUAGAAAGUCGCCAGGACCAGAUGGUAUUUCCAACGAGAUGCUCACCCACCUUGGAACUGCUGCAAUAAGGAAAUUAAAACCUAGAAAGUCGCCAGGACCAGAUGGUAUUUCCAACGAGAUGCUCACCCACCUUGGAACUGCUGCAAUAAGGAAAUUAAAACCUAGAAAGUCGCCAGGACCAGAUGGUAUUUCCAACGAGAUGCUCACCCACCUUGGAACUGCUGCAAUAAGGAAAUUAAAACCUAGAAAGUCGCCAGGACCAGAUGGUAUUUCCAACGAGAUGCUCACCCACCUUGGAACUGCUGCAAUAAGGAAAUUAAAACCUAGAAAGUCGCCAGGACCAGAUGGUAUUUCCAACGAGAUGCUCACCCACCUUGGAACUGCUGCAAUAAGGAAAUUAAAACCUAGAAAGUCGCCAGGACCAGAUGGUAUUUCCAACGAGAUGCUCACCCACCUUGGAACUGCUGCAAUAAGGAAAUUAAAACCUAGAAAGUCGCCAGGACCAGAUGGUAUUUCCAACGAGAUGCUCACCCACCUUGGAACUGCUGCAAUAAGGAAAUUAAAACCUAGAAAGUCGCCAGGACCAGAUGGUAUUUCCAACGAGAUGCUCACCCACCUUGGAACUGCUGCAAUAAGGAAAUUAAAACCUAGAAAGUCGCCAGGACCAGAUGGUAUUUCCAACGAGAUGCUCACCCACCUUGGAACUGCUGCAAUAAGGAAAUUAAAACCUAGAAAGUCGCCAGGACCAGAUGGUAUUUCCAACGAGAUGCUCACCCACCUUGGAACUGCUGCAAUAAGGAAAUUAAAACCUAGAAAGUCGCCAGGACCAGAUGGUAUUUCCAACGAGAUGCUCACCCACCUUGGAACUGCUGCAAUAAGGAAAUUAAAACCUAGAAAGUCGCCAGGACCAGAUGGUAUUUCCAACGAGAUGCUCACCCACCUUGGAACUGCUGCAAUAAGGAAAUUAAAACCUAGAAAGUCGCCAGGACCAGAUGGUAUUUCCAACGAGAUGCUCACCCACCUUGGAACUGCUGCAAUAAGGAAAUUAAAACCUAGAAAGUCGCCAGGACCAGAUGGUAUUUCCAACGAGAUGCUCACCCACCUUGGAACUGCUGCAAUAAGGAAAUUAAAACCUAGAAAGUCGCCAGGACCAGAUGGUAUUUCCAACGAGAUGCUCACCCACCUUGGAACUGCUGCAAUAAGGAAAUUAAAACCUAGAAAGUCGCCAGGACCAGAUGGUAUUUCCAACGAGAUGCUCACCCACCUUGGAACUGCUGCAAUAAGGAAAUUAAAACCUAGAAAGUCGCCAGGACCAGAUGGUAUUUCCAACGAGAUGCUCACCCACCUUGGAACUGCUGCAAUAAGGAAAUUAAAACCUAGAAAGUCGCCAGGACCAGAUGGUAUUUCCAACGAGAUGCUCACCCACCUUGGAACUGCUGCAAUAAGGAAAUUAAAACCUAGAAAGUCGCCAGGACCAGAUGGUAUUUCCAACGAGAUGCUCACCCACCUUGGAACUGCUGCAAUAAGGAAAUUAAAACCUAGAAAGUCGCCAGGACCAGAUGGUAUUUCCAACGAGAUGCUCACCCACCUUGGAACUGCUGCAAUAAGGAAAUUAAAACCUAGAAAGUCGCCAGGACCAGAUGGUAUUUCCAACGAGAUGCUCACCCACCUUGGAACUGCUGCAAUAAGGAAAUUAAAACCUAGAAAGUCGCCAGGACCAGAUGGUAUUUCCAACGAGAUGCUCACCCACCUUGGAACUGCUGCAAUAAGGAAAUUAAAACCUAGAAAGUCGCCAGGACCAGAUGGUAUUUCCAACGAGAUGCUCACCCACCUUGGAACUGCUGCAAUAAGGAAAUUAAAACCUAGAAAGUCGCCAGGACCAGAUGGUAUUUCCAACGAGAUGCUCACCCACCUUGGAACUGCUGCAAUAAGGAAAUUAAAACCUAGAAAGUCGCCAGGACCAGAUGGUAUUUCCAACGAGAUGCUCACCCACCUUGGAACUGCUGCAAUAAGGAAAUUAAAACCUAGAAAGUCGCCAGGACCAGAUGGUAUUUCCAACGAGAUGCUCACCCACCUUGGAACUGCUGCAAUAAGGAAAUUAAAACCUAGAAAGUCGCCAGGACCAGAUGGUAUUUCCAACGAGAUGCUCACCCACCUUGGAACUGCUGCAAUAAGGAAAUUAAAACCUAGAAAGUCGCCAGGACCAGAUGGUAUUUCCAACGAGAUGCUCACCCACCUUGGAACUGCUGCAAUAAGGAAAUUAAAACCUAGAAAGUCGCCAGGACCAGAUGGUAUUUCCAACGAGAUGCUCACCCACCUUGGAACUGCUGCAAUAAGGAAAUUAAAACCUAGAAAGUCGCCAGGACCAGAUGGUAUUUCCAACGAGAUGCUCACCCACCUUGGAACUGCUGCAAUAAGGAAAUUAAAACCUAGAAAGUCGCCAGGACCAGAUGGUAUUUCCAACGAGAUGCUCACCCACCUUGGAACUGCUGCAAUAAGGAAAUUAAAACCUAGAAAGUCGCCAGGACCAGAUGGUAUUUCCAACGAGAUGCUCACCCACCUUGGAACUGCUGCAAUAAGGAAAUUAAAACCUAGAAAGUCGCCAGGACCAGAUGGUAUUUCCAACGAGAUGCUCACCCACCUUGGAACUGCUGCAAUAAGGAAAUUAAAACCUAGAAAGUCGCCAGGACCAGAUGGUAUUUCCAACGAGAUGCUCACCCACCUUGGAACUGCUGCAAUAAGGAAAUUAAAACCUAGAAAGUCGCCAGGACCAGAUGGUAUUUCCAACGAGAUGCUCACCCACCUUGGAACUGCUGCAAUAAGGAAAUUAAAACCUAGAAAGUCGCCAGGACCAGAUGGUAUUUCCAACGAGAUGCUCACCCACCUUGGAACUGCUGCAAUAAGGAAAUUAAAACCUAGAAAGUCGCCAGGACCAGAUGGUAUUUCCAACGAGAUGCUCACCCACCUUGGAACUGCUGCAAUAAGGAAAUUAAAACCUAGAAAGUCGCCAGGACCAGAUGGUAUUUCCAACGAGAUGCUCACCCACCUUGGAACUGCUGCAAUAAGGAAAUUAAAACCUAGAAAGUCGCCAGGACCAGAUGGUAUUUCCAACGAGAUGCCCACCCACCUUGGAACUGCUGCAAUAAGGAAAUUAAAACCUAGAAAGUCGCCAGGACCAGAUGGUAUUUCCAACGAGAUGCUCACCCACCUUGGAACUGCUGCAAUAAGGAAAUUAAAACCUAGAAAGUCGCCAGGACCAGAUGGUAUUUCCAACGAGAUGCUCACCCACCUUGGAACUGCUGCAAUAAGGAAAUUAAAACCUAGAAAGUCGCCAGGACCAGAUGGUAUUUCCAACGAGAUGCUCACCCACCUUGGAACUGCUGCAAUAAGGAAAUUAAAACCUAGAAAGUCGCCAGGACCAGAUGGUAUUUCCAACGAGAUGCUCACCCACCUUGGAACUGCUGCAAUAAGGAAAUUAAAACCUAGAAAGUCGCCAGGACCAGAUGGUAUUUCCAACGAGAUGCUCACCCACCUUGGAACUGCUGCAAUAAGGAAAUUAAAACCUAGAAAGUCGCCAGGACCAGAUGGUAUUUCCAACGAGAUGCUCACCCACCUUGGAACUGCUGCAAUAAGGAAAUUAAAACCUAGAAAGUCGCCAGGACCAGAUGGUAUUUCCAACGAGAUGCUCACCCACCUUGGAACUGCUGCAAUAAGGAAAUUAAAACCUAGAAAGUCGCCAGGACCAGAUGGUAUUUCCAACGAGAUGCUCACCCAGCCGUGGAACUGCUGGAAUAAGGAAAUUAAAACCUAG